AUUGAUGAUAUAAGGAUGUUAGAAUUAAUAAAUGAUCUCAAUAUUGACUUUGAUUUUGAAAAAGAAUCACUUGAUUUUGGAGCUAUUCUUAGUUUUCAUACAUUAAGUAAAAUGUGGAUAAGAUAUUGUUUAAAUUAUCCAGAGAUUUUAAUCAGUUUCAUAAAUAUAAUUUGCAAUUUCUUACAAGAAGAUUCUGAUAAAACUAAUAUCAAGUUUAUAAUUGAUAAACUUUAUCACCCAAAUGCUAUAAUAAGGGAUGAAAAUAGAUUUAAGUUAUUAUUGCAUUCUUUACAACAUAUUCCUUUUGAUAAAUUAGCUCUUCCUAAAAUGCCAUUGUUGAAUAUUACAAUAUUUUAUCCUUCUAAAAUUUAUAAUCUUCAAAAAUCAAAUCAAAAAUUCUCUUCUGCUUCAUUAAUAGUGGCCGGAUAUAGGCCCUUUUACAUUAACAAUACUCAUAAAAAUCAUAUAAUUAAUAAUGAUCAAGUUUUUAAUAAUCAGACUAAUAAAACUAAUAUUGUCAAUCUUGUGGAUAUAAUAGAUGAUAAUAUUUCUUUUGGGGAAGAAGUAGAUGAAGAUGUAUUCAUAAAUGCAGAUAAGUCUAUAAUAGAUUAUGAUAAUAACAGUCAUAUUUAUGGAAUUAAAGAAGACUACAGAGAUAACAAACCAAAUAUUGUUCAAAAUGAACAUAACUUAAUGUCAAAUGCAAAUUGUGAUAUUAAAUCAUUAAAUAUUACAAAAAAAUUUAGGCCACCUAUCAUUGCAGAAAUAAUUGAACCUAUUAAUAAUGAUGUUUUUAAGAUAAGGGACCUGAGCUUUUAUUCUUCUUUGCUUGAAAAUCAUUGCACAGAUUUGAUACCCAAAGAAAACCCAGAUUCUGAUAGUAUUAAUGAUAUAAAUAAGGAUGACUCUUCCUCCUUGCUUAUUAAUAAUAAUAUUAUUUGUGACAACAAUAGUAACAUCGAAAACACAUAUAAAAAUUUAAAUAUGUGUUUGAACUUGAAUACCGAUGUCCCAAUCAAUAUGGAUAUUGACUUUGACGCAUUGAUAAUAAAGCGAGAUAGUAUAGAUGUCCUCAAAAAUAAAUACCAUGAAAAAUCGCUAUGCUUCCAAGAAGUGGAUUACGGAGCACCAGGCCUAGAUAUGGACUUUUCUUAUAAAGACGAGGAUCGCGUUAACGCGCCAAUUAAUCAAUCGUUAAGAAUUGGUCUCGAUAUUGAUGGUAACGAAGAGAACAAUGUUACUGCCCCUGGGAAAUUCAUUUUACUAGAGGAGAGCCUUAUGGCUCGAGAAGCCUUUACUAACAAGGUACAUCAGAAGAAGCCUCCGGAUCGUGUAGAUGAUAAGUUUGGUUUCAACAACGAAAAUAGUAUCUCAAUCGCUUCCACUAGCAUUUAUUAUCCAGUAGAGCAAAACGAUACAGUGUUUUCUUUCGAUAAAAAGGAAGACGAAAUCAUUAAGCUUAGACACAAAAUUGCUUAUAGCAUGGUCGUAUCAAGCGUAAACAGAUCCAAGACUAAGAAAGAAAGCGCGGGCGGUAAAAAUGAUAGCGCCAAAUAUUAUGACUUAAGAACUCUUCCAUCGAUGGGAAAGGCUAUCAAAAGUUUCGUAUCCCUAUAUGAUACGGUUCAAAAUGAGAAGGGUCUAGACCUGCAAGAAAAUGUUUGCGCCAAUUACGAAUGUUGCACUCCUAUAGGUUUCGACGUCGAAUACAGGGUAUGCCAUUUUGACGGUUUAUAUUAUUGUACCGAAUGCCACAUUAAUGAAAGCUCAAUUAUACCAUCAAGAAUUAUCCACAAUUGGGACUUCAAAUUUUAUAAAGUUUGUAGGUUGCACAAACGACUCCUCGAAGUUACUAGUAGAGAUCCUCUGAUCGACUUAUCUCAAUGCGCAGAUCGGUUGGAACCGUUGUUACCAGGUUUAAAAUUCAUACGCCGUGCACGUCUGGCUCUUCAUCAAUUUUAUUUAACUUACCUGAUCAAUUGUACAUAUCCGUCCGCUCGAAGAUUUUCGCAGCACCCGGAAUUGAAUAGAUAUGUCACGCAUAAUACUAUGGCUAUGCCAAGAUUACCGUCCAAAGUAGAUGCAUCCCACAGAGCAGAGAACUCUACGCGCGUCGAACUAUCCUGCCUCUUCUCCGUCGAGGAGUUGGUCCACCGCUCAACUACUCCUCAGCAUCGCGACUCGUAUUGCAGCAUUUUAGACGCCAUCUUGGCAGCUUCCCGUAGUCAUAUCGCGCGUUGUCCUUCUUGCUACGACACACGUGUCGCAUGUUCUAAUUGCAACGUGGCUUACAUUCGUAUCCAAAAUAAGCACGUAGAUAAUAUGAUCGAUAUUGGGGAUACAUACGAUACGGGACUAUUUAUGGGUCAGCUGGUACGGCCAUUAUGCGAUAAAUGCCGCUCUCUACUCUGAAACAUAAAUUUUUUAAAGGGUGACCACUUGUUAGGAUUAAGAAACAUUUUAAAGAGCUCACUAUGGAUAUGGAACCGUAUCUUUCCCCAUGAAAAUAUGACUCUACUCUCUCUUGGUGAUGCAAAAAAAUUUAAAAUUAGAUGAACGCUAAUGUUUAUGACAAGACAAAACACAAUCAUUUUUUUAGAUGGUUUCUGCUGUUAAUCAUAUCCUUUUUUUAAAAAUUUUUAUUUAUAUUAUCGUUGAAAAUUGGAAUGAAAUGACUAUAUAAAAUGGUCCUUCCAU